AUGAGCUGGAGUGACGGGCACACCUGGGGUGACCGCUCUGAGUACCACGAGAAAGCAUGGACUGACGUCUACGGUACUGCCGAAGAAGAAAUCGGCACCGUCGGCGAGGUCUGCGAGAUCAAGAAUUCAUUCGCCAAGGUCAACAACCAGGGCCAUGUAGAGCUAUGGCUCGAUAGUAAACCCUACGGCCAAGAUCAGGACACCGCUCGUAGAAACAGAAAGCUUCGAGAUAUCUACGCCGUCGUCUGCGGUCACUACCCAUGUGCCGACAGAACUUGGGAGAUGCGAAACAUCUGGGUCCACAGUCCCGUUCUAAAAUCCGCUCUUUGCGAGGUACUCGCAGAUUACCGCGACAGAUCCUGGUGCGGUGAAUCCCUAGAGUUCAAGAAGCCUUUUCUCCCUCUGAUUCACCGCUGGGAGAAGCUCUGCAAGGUGGCUGUCGACAACAAGGGCACCGAAACCCAGAAGCUGGUGAAUCUCUUUGUAGAGAUGCUCAAGCAUGAGCUCCAAGACACCUUCCGGCGUGUCAAGCUGAUCAAACAAACUGGAUCUGCCACUUUCAGCGACCUUGAGUUUGUUUACCAGCCUGGCCAACUGUUUCUCUGCACCCAGCCCCUGGCCGCUGGCAUUUCCCACACGUACAACGAGUCUGGCAGAAUGACUGUGCAUCAAGUCAAGUCGAAUGGGAUUGAGUAUGGCGGGGUUGUGAGCGAAUGGUUUGUCGACUACUAUCACGGACGCCGUCGUCUCUCUGAUCUCAACGUUCGCCCAUUUUCAGCUUGUUCCAAGAGGACUGGCAAAGCCAUCAAAUCAGGCCUGAUCAAGCGUGGCCGCAAAUGGGAACAACUGGUUAAGGGUCAAUUUUUGCGCGUUCAUGUCGGCAACGCUCCAAUGUGUCAGCCUGAAGAAUCCUCAGGAGCCUGGUCAUCUCACAAUGGGCUUUUUAACGCCUGGGACGAAGAUGCGGCGCAAACAAGAACCUAUGCCAAGGGUCCUCGUCUACCAACUCAAGUGCCAGAGGGACGAGUCAUCGUAGAUGAGGCAGGCUACUACAAGCUGCAAGGCCUUGAAGAACAUGUCGACCGUUACAUCUUCAAGAAGAUCAGUGACUCAAAGAGCAUCAAGAAGAACAGUUCCGAUGGUGCGGCUUACAAAGAUGCCGAGGGCUAUGAAGAUCUCGACGACGAGAAAGAUGGUGGAGGGGCUCUACUAAAUCUUUCUGAUUGGCAGUGCUUGCUUGCUGUUUCUGUCCUGAAAUGCUUCUCACUUGAGAAGAAAGUGUGGUGUAACGUCGAAGUCAAUGAUCUGAUUAAUAUCGAGUGGAAUACUAAAGCCUUUGAUAAACUUGUCCUCGACGCUGGGGAGAAGCGGCUCUUGCUUGGAUUCGUGGGUGCUACAAAGAGCGGAGACCUCAGAGAGUUUGACGACUUUAUACACGGAAAAGGCAAGGGACUCAUCCUGCUCUUGUGUGGUCCUCCCGGUACUGGAAAGACACUGACAGCUGAAUCUGUUUCUGAGAACCUGAAGCGUCCUCUCUACCGUCUCGAUGCUUCCGACCUUGGCAAUGAUACCGCUGUCCUCGAGAGCCGUCUUAGGGUAGCUUUGGAACGUUGUGCACGUUGGGAUGCCAUUCUCCUGCUCGAUGAGGCAGACGUCUUCCUCGAAACGCGUUCCAGUAACAACCUCCUGCAGAACGAGAUGACUUCAAUUUUCCUCCGACUUCUGGAGUACUACAAGGGUGUCAUGAUCCUCACCACGAACCGCUUCCCUGCGAUUGACCCUGCCUUUGAGUCGCGAAUCGACAUCACCAUUGUCUUCAAGGAUCUCCACCCCGAUUCUCGAGCCAAGAUCUGGCAGAACUUCCUGGUCAGAGAGGAAUCGAGCCUGGCUAACGACAACAAGGCGAUAGCCAAGUUGGCCAAAGCGCGCCUGAACGGUCGACAGAUCAAGAGUGCCGUCAAGACGGCUCUAAUUCUGGCUCACAGCGAAAAUGUACCUCUCGCAUUGGAUCAUCUGGAAACCGUUGUCACCAUGCGAAAGAAGGCGCUCCGACUGCUGGGUCGUGAGUCCGUUCAGGUUCUGGACGAUUCGGACUCGGAUUUGAACUAG